UUUGCUAAUUUUGAACAGAUAACUUCCCUGCUGCGACCGCGCGGCCAUUUGAAGCCGAUUGAAAAUAAAGAGUCGAAACCAUCGGGAACAGCAACUGAUGAAACAACUGAGGCUACUAAUUGUGCUGUAACGCCUGCAGACACAUCUCUGCAAUUUGAGUCACCAAAGCCACCGACGAAGAACGUAGAACUAAUACCAACAUUAGACUUCGUGAUACAUGAACCUAUCACUACAGAACUUGAAGUGCAACAUGUUACCGAUAUAUUGUCGCAACUUGAAAUUGAUGCGUACAGUGUAAAUGCCGCAAACCUUAUUGAAAACGAUGAUGACGACGAAUGCGAUAAUCACUCCGGCCACACGUAUGUAAUUGAACGUGGAUGCAGUACAGACAUCUAUAGCAGCAGUAGCACAAAUACUGAGGACCUACUGCGCCAGGAGAUCAUUCACUGCGUCAACACAGAUACUACGGCAGAAUCUUCACUGAUCUACGAGCCAACUAGCUCGAUAUCCAUAGAAAUGGACAAUUUAGAAAAGAGUACAACAACAGCCACGGCGACAACAACGAUGACUACACCGUCGUCGACCGAUGAAGUGCCUGAGACGACAACCACUACAUCUCGUAAGAACAGUAAUCCAAGUGCCAUCACUUCAGUAACAACGGCUAGUGACGAUCAAAGUAUAGAAGAAGAAAUUGAAGAGGCCAUUGAAAUAAGUGAAGAGGGCACGCCAGAAUUGUCGGCUGCACGUCCAUCGGAGCUAACUGAAGCAGCAGGCUAUAUAAAGACAAUUGUAAGAAAAGAGGAAAAAACAAAAUCCCUCCAGCCCUUCGGUACAGAAAUGUCUAAAGAAGUCAGUUCGGUGCAGUUACUAAGGAAUUCGCCCAGAGAAAGUGAGCACAAAAAGAAUUCUGGCGAAGAAGACGAGCAAUUCAAGAUUGAUGAAGAUCAAUUGUCUGGUGGGAAAUUAGCUCAGCACUUUGUGUUGGAAGGAGAGGAAGAUGAUGACGAUGUUGAUGUAAGCGCUCCGCUAACCAAGACUGGAGCACACUCGCGCCAUGAAAUAUCUAAUGGUGGUAGCGUUCAGGUCAGCGAGCCUAUGACAGAUUCAGCAGAAGUGGAUUUUGGAGACCUCGAUGUGAGUUUGCCGUUGGAAAAGAGAGUACACUCACGGCACGAUGAACCUCUGAUAGAAAACCUUGCUGCCAAAACACAAGAGGGAAAUUUAAGCAACGAGAGCACUGCAAAUGAUGUUUCCGAUCUGGCUGAAGAACUGAGACAGGAAGAGGACUCUCUGAAGAGUGAAGACCUACUUGCACCAGCGACAGAGUUAACGCAACAAUCCAGUGAUUAUGAGGAAAAUGUGACAAAUACGUCGUUGAGUAAAUCCAAAGAAGGGAAAGUAAGCGACACUGCGGAAAAAGUUGAAGUUGAUGACCGAGCACUAAGUCCUUCACCUGAUCACGACGAAAAAGAUCACUCUAUUGAGGAAAUUGUUGAGAGAAAUCAUAGCUCUGAAUAUACAUUGGAUGAUCGAGACUUGAGUUCUCUGAACCACAGCUUUCUUGUGAAUAAUGAGUCGUUAGUGAAUCGUCUUCUGGGAGACACCAUAGAAGAACAAGUUUCACAUAAUGAGAAGGUAAUCAAUUCAAGUGCCAAUUUUAAAAAGAUGAAUGACAUUAAGGAACGCCCAAAAUGUUUCAAAAUAGACAUACCUGAUACUUUGCGGAUUCUUACCGAUUUAAAUGCGAAUGGACCAGAGGCCAAGCCACAUAAGGGGUGCGCUGUAACAAUAGAAGAGGCUAACCAACAGAAAAGUGAUAUAGCAGCAGGCAAAAAUGACAACUUAGUAGAGACUGAAAACUCGAAUAAAAAAUUGAUGCGUUCGUAUCGCGAAAGGGAAAACAUCGAAAAUGUGCCAUUACAGGGAUCACAGUUGGUAGAAACAAAACUUGCAGUAAUCUCAGAAACACUACAACUACAGGGAAUGGCCGAUGUUGAAGUGGAUGCCUUAGAAGCCGUCGUUGAGCAUGUGGAAGACAAUGAAACAUCUGCAAUUGCCUUGCGCGAUGCCCUCAAAGAAUUACUUGGUGGUAAAAAUCAGGUUACCAGUGUUUCACCGGAGCUUGACGUCCAAGCAAUUGAAGAAGAUGACGAUGACAUGCGGUUGAAACAUAUGAAGUUGCGGAUUUUAGCCAUGAAUUAUGACAGUAAGGAUCAGCAAAUCAAUCUCAAUGAAUUAGCUCCAGUAAACGCGGGAGUUAGUGGGGCAGUGCAGAUCAUUAAACCAAUGGAGCGUGUGCCCCUAAAUGAGUUCGCAAAAGACAUACUCGAAGAUAUUACUGAAGAGAGCGAACGAAACUCGCUUUCGACGACUGAAGAACAUCGUUCGUUGUCGAUGGAACGUUCGAUGACAACGUCAGCUGAAAAAGAUGAAAAUAAAACUUUGCGUGCCGAAGUGGAGGUACAAACGGCAAACUUGGCAACUACUUCGAGUAGUAUAGUCAGUUUGAAUAUGCUGCAAAUGUUGGAAAGCAAAGUAUCCGAGUUGAAGUAUGUGGUAGCUGAAAAGGAUGCCUGUCUGACGGCGUUAAAUUUGCAAUUAGAGACAGCGCAGAGACGCGAAUCGAGUGGCGCAUAUUCUGUGGAGCAGUUGGGCUCAGGUAGAGACACAAACAGUUCGUUGGUGACUAGCUCGACAGAGUAUCGCACGCUCCAGGAAGAAUUUGGUGGACCGACCAUGGAUAUAUGGACGGAAUUAAACUACCGCGAUGAAUUAAUAGCAAAACUGACAGAUUCUCUACAGCAUUCGAAGAAUGUUCGCGAGCAGCUGCAAACAGAUAGUGAUAAACUUACCAAUGAGGUUGAAAUACUUCGCAAACAACUGUCAGAAGCACUGGACACACUUCGGCGACCUACCUUGCCUCGUGGCGAUCUGGAUAGCAAUUGUGGCCAGCGAAUUUCUGAGAUAUCAAUGGAUUUAAUAAGCGACAGCGAUGAUGAUUUGGAGCGUAAUGCCUUCACUGACAACGAGGAUAAGUAUUCACGCAAUUCACGCGAGCGUCAACUCUCAGUACCACGCCAGACGGCGGAAAUGUAUGGUGAUAUGGAAGCGUCCGAGUGGUCACAAACGCAAUUUAGCAAGCAAAUUGAACAGUUUCAGAAAUAUCUCAACUCCAAUGAGGUACGUCUAUUCUUUAUGGUACAAAAUAAAUUCGAUAAUUAUUUAAGCCAAGAACUGGAAAAGUGCAAAAUGAAGUGUGAGCAAGAGCAAAAGGAGAUGGUUGAGCAGCUUGAAGCGGUGAAACAGCGACAAGAUGUUGAAUUGCAGAAGUUAAUAACGUCGCGUGAGGAACAGGACUCGAAACAUGCCAAAGAAGUAGAAGAGUUGCGUAAAUAUUUUGAGUCGAAAUGUGCGGAAUUGGAGAAACAAUUUUCAGAUGACGUGUUUUCACAAAAAUCGCAACAUCAUACCGGAGACACAUCUUCAUCUGAAGGCUCAGAUCAGGAGCAAAUGCCCGAGGAAGUAGUUCUACCAUCUACUUCCACUCAACGUUCAAAGGAGGCUUCACCGCGGAAAAAAAAGCGCGCAGAACUCUUGCUAAGUCCUAGCCACCGUCAGAUUAUACCUGCCGAUACCUCCAAUGAAGAUAGUUCCGUGGAAAUCACAGAGCUGAAGGCUUUCUAUCAACAAAAGCUUCAGGAAUUACAGCGCACUCAUGACGACCAACUGCGUAAAGUAACCGACAAAUUGAAGUAUUACGAGAGUCGCUAUCCGGAUGAUGAAUUUAUGGUAAGUAUUUUUUGCUUCGCAUAAAAUCCAUUUUCUGUUCG